AUGGGGUCUUAUGCUGCUGGCAAUAAGACUGCCACCAACGGUGUCGGAAGCACUCCUGCACAGAGACAUGUUAUCUCGGUCAGCGAAGCUGAGACCAUCAUUGCCGCCGCAGUGAGAGAAGCCAACACUGUCAUUCCUGAGAACAUUGCCAUCGUCGAUCCCGCUGGCAUGUUGGUUGCUUUCCACCGCAUGGACAACGCUUUCCCCGGCAGCAUCGACAUCAGUAUCAAGAAGGCUCGCACCACUGUUCUGUUCAACGGUGCUUACUCAACAGCUGACUUGACCGCCGCCGCUAAGGGUCCUCUUUACGGUGUCGAAGAGACCAACGGCGGUCUUGUUGUCUUUGGUGGCGGUCUGCCUCUAUACAAGAACGACUACCUCAUUGGUGGUAUUGGUGUCAGUGGUGGCUCCGUUGACCAGGACGUGCAGGUCGUCAAGGCUGCUGUCGACUGGUUCAGCAACGCAACUCUGACUGCCUACUAA